AUGGUCUCCCCGGCCAUCGCCUUGGCCUUCAUUCCCUUCGUGGUCACGCUGCUCAUCCGGUACCGCCACUACUUCCUGCUCUUCUACCGCGCCGUGGUGGUGCGCUGGCUGCAGGACCGCCUGACUGGCAUCCCCCGGGAGGAGCGGGCCUUCCAGUACGUGCUGACCCACGCCGUGCCCGGCGACCCCCUGCACAUCCUGGAGACCUUUGACCGGUGGAGCGAGCACUGCGAGUACCUCAGCAACCUCGGACCCCAGAAAGCCAAGGUCCUGGAGCGGCUGAUCUACGAGAAGGCCCCCCUCACGGUCCUGGAGCUGGGCACGUACUGCGGCUACGCCACCAUCCUCAUUGCCCAGUCCCUGCCCCUGGGCGCCCGGCUGUACACGGUGGAGAUGGACGCGCGCAAAGCGGCGGUGGCCGAGAAGGUCAUCCGCCUCGCCGGCUUCGACGACGACACGGUGGAGCUCAUCGUGGGGCCCUCGGAGGACGUCAUCCCCCAGCUCAAAGAGAAGCACGGGCUGCCCCAGGCGGACCUGGUCUUCAUGGACCACUGGAAGCGCUGCUACUUGCGGGACCUGCAGCUGCUGGAGGCCCACGACCUUCUGCCUCAGGGGGCCACCAUCCUGGCCGACAGCGUCAUCUUCCCCGGGGCGCCCCACUUCCUCCAGUACGUCAAGGCCUGUGGCAAAUACAAGUGCCGCAUACACAGGACCAGCCUGCAGUACUUCCGAGCCAUCCCAGACGGCCUGGCCCAGCUCACGUACACCGGCCUGCAGUGACCUGCAGAGGGGGUGCCUCCC